AUGACGGAAUCAUACCCCAUCGGAUCGCGCAAAGAAUGCGAAGCUCUCGUCCGAGACUGGGGAUUCAGGCAUGUGUUCACCUGGUCGGAUGGGAGCAACGCGUACUACUCCCCGCACUCGCACGAUGGGCCCACCACGCAUCUCAUACGCCGGGGCAGUCUAACGAUCACCUACCCAGAUGAUAAUACCCGGCUGUACGAUGGGGACUUCCGCAAGGAGACGUUUGGGGUAGGUGCCAGGGUGGAUGUUCCUGCCGGCAAGCUGCAUGAGGUCUGGAUUGGGGAUAAUGGGUGUGAGUAUGUUAUUGGGGAGUGAGAAGGUAAGGAUUGGACUUGACCAGUGCUGUCUGUCUGUCUGUCUGUUCUCUGUUUGAUGUUGGUUGGAAGGCGUUACCAACACAUCCGGUCCGGUACUCCCUAAUCCCAAACAGGAAUCUGGAGUGGCUGGAAGGGGUGUCCCUCCAGCCGGGUGUGGUUGUAGCGUCUCCCUCUCGGAUAUCGUGUACAUCUUGUUCAUUUAAUGUAUUUUGCUGAGAACCCCGCAUGUCUUACGAUGAACAGCUC